GUUAUCUUCCAGAGCAAAAAAGAGCUGGGGCAGAAGGAUCUGGGAAGCCGGAGAGGAGGAGAAGGAAGUAGGCCGGCCGCUGUUGAGUUGCCUCACUUCCCACUGCCUCCACAUACCCACUUACUGAAGCUCGCCACCAUGCCGCUCCCUGCUGCCCUUCAGUCCCGCCUCGCCAAGCGAGGGCUCCUCAAGCUGGUGGAACCCGAGCCAGAAGAAGAAAUCAUUGCUGAGGACUAUGACGACGACCCCGUGGACUACGAGGCCACUCGCCUCGAAGGCCUGCCCCCCAACUGGUACAAAGUCUUUGACCCGGUGUGCGGCCUUCCCUACUACUGGAACGUGGAGACGGACCUCGUGUCCUGGCUCAACCCCCACGACCCCAGCUCAGUCAUCACCAAGGCGGCCAAGAAACUCAAAGGCAACUUGGAGCCAGAAGAAAAGAUGGACUGCAGCCACGAGAAGCCGGAACGAGGCUACGAGCGGCCCGAGCGCGGCUACGACAAGUCGUCGGAGCGAGGAGGCUAUGACAAGGGGGACCGCACCUACGACAAGCUGGAGCACAGGUAUGAGAAGCUGGAGAGGGAGGAGGUCAAGGAGCGGCGCUAUCACCGCCGGGAGGAGCUGGCCCCCUAUGCCAAGAGCAAGAAAGGCAGCCGCAAGGACGAAGAGAUGGACCCCAUGGAUCCCAGCACCUAUUCGGAUGCACCGCGGGGCACCUGGUCCACGGGGCUCCCCAAGAAGAACGAGGCCAAGACGGGCGCAGACACCACGGCAGCCGGUCCCCUGUUCCAGCAGCGACCUUACCCUUCCCCCGGAGCCGUUCUGCGCGCCAACGCGGAGGCCUCCAGAGCCAAGCAGCAGGAUUGAGCCAGCUGGCCAGCCCUAACUUCCCAGGGAUCCACCACCUUUGUGUUCGCAGUAAAUAAGACUUUUGGGGGGAAGAAAGGGGGAUUAUGGGUGCUGGGAGGUGGGUUGGGGAGAGGUAAGAAAAAGAAAAGAAGAGGAGCGCCGGCCUGACCUGUUUAUAGUAUACUCCCACCAAAAUGGGAGAUGGGACAAAAUAUUGACUAUGACUUUUGGCAUUUUUUAGAGAAGUUCUGCCAAUGCAAACUAAUCUAUACUGGAUAUAAACACAAUUUUCAUGGCAUUCAAGGAUGACUUUUAAAAAAUUCAGAAAGGAAUCCUAAGCUUUAAAAAUGAAAGGAACUAUGAACAUCAUCUAAUGAUUUCUUAGCAAAGGACUUACUGAACUAAACCUCCUGGGGAGGAGAAAAGUUUCUUUGACCAAGUACCUCUACUGAUUUCUUGGUCCCAGGAGCAGCAAGAAACAAAGCCCCCAAACCUUGCUCUCUACGAGCAUUAUAUCCUUUUUCUGCUAUAUACUGGCACAGAAAUACUUUGUAAUUUUUGAGAAACCCUAAAUGGGAACAAAAACUGAAUAGUAAUUUGUAAUCUCUAUCCAAAAUCGAACCCAAUCCUUGUAAAAAUCAAAGUUGCAGGUCUGAGUCUUGGAUUUAUAGUUAUUAGGAGACAUUUGAAUAGGGUUUUUGUUUUCCAAAGAACUUUCAUAUUCAAUUGUCAGUGCUCUCUUUUCAAAUCACUAAAUAUUGUAAACUUAUCUUGUUUUAAUUUUUGUAUCCCCCAGUAGAAUUUAAGGUUCUUGAAGUCAAGAACCUAGUUUGUUUGUUUUAUCUCUGUGA